AUGCCAUUCAUGGAUGUACUGUUGCAUGGGUGUGAUUCAUCAAAUUCAACAAAUUCAGUAAGGAAAUUACAUGGCAUGGGCAUGGGCCCUGAUUGCAGGCGUGGGGCAGAUAAGGGCAAUGGGCCGUCAGCGGAGGACAUGUUCAAUAUCAAGGAGGGCAGUGCAAUUGCCGAAAAGGAGAAGUUGGCGUCAGAAGCAACCCUCUGCAGAACUCAAGUUGCAUUGCUGGAAGACGCGGUGUCAAGACAGCAGGAGACCCUAAGGCGAGCAGCAAGGCUGCCACACAACCAGGGCACACUGUCACUUUCCGCACCUUUGUUUCUUUGCGCAAGCGCUCCUGAAAGUCACCUGACAGGCAUUCGUGAUUUUGUCUGUCAAGGGAAAAGGAUGGCACCAUCUCAUCUCUUCUCGAAAAGGUGGAAUCACUUCGACAUGACCAUCUCUCUGGCACCGUCUCAGGUGAGACGCUCUGCAGAUGGCUGCCUAUUCAUUCUCCACCAUUUCACCAGGAAGAAGAUUUCCGCCGAGCAACUGAAGUGCAUAUCUCAUUUGGCAAAUGGAAGUUAUCACGACACUCUGGAUGGUAGGUGGCCAUGUGGCUGCUCUGUGCUGAGUGUAUGA